CUCUCUCCGUCUCCGGCGCGCGGACUCACUCGUCCAUCGCCAUGAACGCUCCUCCUCCUUCCUCUCCUUCCGCUCCGCCUUCACAGCUCGUGCCGCUUCCUGUUUCUGUCGAGGACGAGAUACGCCGAAUCUGCACUGACCAGAACCAGCCUCCCCCGAACGUGUGGACUCGGAAGAAGCUCGCUUCGCUCAGCGAAGAGGCCGCACUUCAGGUCCUGUGGUCGACCGCCGCGACAAAAAUCAAGUAUUCCAUCGAUGGUUUGAUCUCGCGCAUUAUCGAAAACAGCGCCGGCUCUUCUCCUUCGCCGUCUCCGACGGAGAUCCCUUGCGUGCCCUUGAAUGAUCAAAGUCCGGCCCGUUCGCCUGUGAUGAAUUCGCGCGACAAUGGAUUUGCAAGCUUUCCUGUGCGAGAUCAACAGAUUGGAAGUCUGAGACUUUCUCCGAGUUUGGAAAACGGGAAUGCACAAGCAGUUAGCCCCCACCUGAAGGCUCUGAGCGAACUGGAGUUUAGAAAAGCAUUUCUCAUUCUAAACUACAUUGGGGGAGGAAAUCUUGAAGACGCCAUAGACAGUGAUAGGAUUCGACUGAUGAAAGAUCUCAGAAUGAUUGAAUUUGAGGAAGCGGUCUGGAAUGCCAUCGGACAGUCUCGUGUAAAGAAAGACGAGCGUUGUAAGUACGUUGACUGGGAUUCUGGAAAGACACACUUCUACCACUGUAACAUUUCACCUCCGGGGUGUUAUCGUUUUAAAGGUCCUUACCUUGAUAAGAGGAGAACACUUUUACAAAAGGCACUAGGAGAUGAGAAUGUUCUCCUUGUCAAGGUGGCAGAAGAGGGGACGGACAAAAGCAGCAAAUCGAUGGGUUCUGCUGAUACUUUUGCUUUAUAUAAAAAGAUUGCAAAGGAGGGGAUUCCUGUCGGUUCCCGUCGAUACAAGUUCUUCGUGUUUAAGGAUGGAGGAAAGGAAGAGAAAAAAAGAGACCCCACCACGUCCUCUGUGAAGUGUUACUUUGUUUGCAUGGAGUGCGAGGCACUUAAGGAAAAGAAAACAGUGCAUGAAGCGAGAUGCCUCUUCAUGCAUGCGCACACAGUGCCCGACAUAUCCCGCUACAUGAUAAGGCUGUCUCUCAUCUUGUCCAAAACUAUUACCUUGGAAGUUGACUGGGAUCGUGUCACGAUUGAGACAAUUAAGGAUGAGGAGUGCAAGGAUCAAGAGGGAAAUUCCAUCUAUGAUAAGCAGGGAAAGCCACUUAUACAUACCGACGGAACUGGAUUUGUAUCUGAGGACAUAGCUUUGAAGUGUCGCGGAAAUAUAUUCAAGGGAAGCAGCAUGAUUACUCCUGCUUUUGAGGGCAUAUGUGAACCGCCUUCGCUGAUUCAGUUCCGUCUAUACAAUGAUGGUAGAGCCGUCAAGGGUACAGUUCUGAUUAAUAAGCAGCUUCCCCCUCAUACAAUUCAUAUUCGACCAUCCAUGAUCAAGGUUGAAAAGGAUCCUAAGCUUUCAGAUGUCGGGACAGUUGAUUCACUGGAAGUAGUAACGACAAGCAAUAAGCCAAGAACUGCAUGUCUUUCAAAGACUUUGAUUGCACUCUUAUGCUAUGGAGGGGUCCCGAAUGAAUUUUUUUUGGACAUGAUGAAGAGUGCUCUGGGAGAUGCCAAUAGUCUCUUCUCCACAAAACGAGCAGCUUUAAGGGUUUCGGUGAACUAUGGUGAUAUGGAUGGUUUCAAUGCGGCCAGAAUGAUCUUAUCUGGGAUUCCUCUGGACGAAUCAUUCCUACAGAAUCAUCUGUCCAAACUCAUGAAAAUGGAAAAGAACAAUUUGAAAGGAGGAAAGAUUCCUGUAUCAGAUUCGUACUAUCUAAUGGGGACAGCCGAUCCCACAGGGAUUCUUAAAAGUGAUGAAGUUUGUAUCAUCCUUGGCAGUGGCCAAAUUUCAGGGAAAGUAUUGGUCUACCGGAAUCCUGGUCUGCAUUUUGGGGACAUUCAUGUUUUGACUGCUACAUAUGUGGCAGCUCUGGAAACAAAAGUGGGAAAUUCCAAGUAUGCCAUAUUUUUCCCUACUAGUGGACCACGCUCCUUGACCGAUGAAAUAGCUGGUGGGGAUUUGGAUGGGGAUAUGUAUUGGGUUUCACGGAACCCUCAGCUGUUGAAGUAUUUUACACCGAGCCAGCCAUGGGUAUCAGCUUCUGCAGCACGAGACGUAAACUGCAAGAAGCCAAGCGACAUGUCUUCCGAGGAGUUGGAGGAUGGGUUAAUUGAUUUAUGGUUGAACGCUAGAUUUAACCCAAGUUACACAGCGGGUACCGCUGCUGAUAGUUGGCAGGCACUGAUGGAUCGUCUUCUAACACUUGGUCGUGAUGAAGUCGAUGAAAGACGUCGCGUGGAGAGAAAUCUUCUUCAGCUGGUUGACAUAUAUUAUGAUGCCUUGGAUGCUCCUAAGAAUGGUGGAAUAAAGAUUGAACUUCCCAAAUGUUUGAAGGCAGAAUGUUUCCCACAUUACAUGGGAAAGGAUAAAUCCUUCCGCUCUAAGUCUAUCCUCGGAUUGAUUUUUGAUGCGGUAGAAUCAUACCAGGCAGAAAAUCAAACCGGCAAAGGGAUUUGGAAGAUUCCCUAUUUUGAUGUGGAAAUCCCCAGAGACCGCCUAAUGGAGUGGGAAAGACGGUACAUGGAAUAUAGAAACGAGAUGGGAGCUGCUUUACGGGAAGGUGGAGAAAAAGUCAAGCAUUCCUCCGCAGAUGCUGUCAUACAGAAAUAUAAACAGUUGCUAUAUGGCGCACCAGAGUUCGAGGAGAGCCCGAGGAAGCUGGAAGAUAUUUUCACCGAGGCUCUAGCUAUCUAUAACAUUACAUACGACUACGCCAUGCAACGGAAUGACAUCGGCAAAUGCGGAUUCGCUUGGAAAGUGGCGGGUCCUGCGCUCUGCCAGUUUUAUGCCAAGAAGCAGGAGCAGAAGUCAAUCGUCUGCCUGCCCUCAGUUCUGAAGGAAAUCUGCAGUUGAAACUUGACAUCAGCGUGGACAAAUGCCGUGACUCCAAAUUACGGAUGCAUAAUUAGGUUCGCCGGUCGCCUCGUCGGUUGAUCCUGGCAGCAUGAGAUUAGCGCCUUAAAGGUGCUCGAGGCAUGCACCUUUGUUUGGAUGUUAUAAAGAUGUUAGAUGUACUGCAGUCCAUAAUCCCGGUGGCCAAGUCCAUGUUCAAUGUCAUUGCCACGGAACUCGGCGUGGCUUUAGCUUGAGUACAAUUGCUUGCAUUCCUGUUAUUUACCUUGUCCUUCGA